AUGGGUGCUUCUGCUGAUAUCCGUGACAUCAAUGGAUCAGAUCUGAUCUCUGCACUUCACUUGGCUCAACAGGCACCAGUCAUUCUGGGUCCCAAUCCGAUGAACGCGAGUUCGGCAUCCUCUACGGGUACGGCCGAGGAGUAUGGCCGGAUUGAGCAAUUGCUACUUGCCUGUCUUCGCACAGGUGAUGAUCAGUCUGCACAAGCAUGCCUCGAUCGCCUCAGCCAUCGGUUCGGUCCCUCCAACGAGAGGGUAAUGGGACUUCGGGGUCUGUAUCAGGAGGCGACAGCGAAGGAUCGAGCAGCUUUGGAGAAGUGUCUGCAGGAAUACGAGAAGAUUUUAUCUGAAAACCCUGUCAAUGUGCCCAUCAUGAAGCGGCGAGUUGCUCUGCUACGUUCUCUCGACCGACCCGCUGAUGCGAUCUUCGCCCUCAUUCAACUCCUCGAAGCCUUGCCCACCGAUGCUGAGGCCUGGUGCGAACUGGCCGAUCUCUAUCAAACCCAAGGCCUAAGCUCUCAAGCAAUCUUCAGCCUGGAGGAGGCUUUGCUGAUUGCACCUAACUCUUGGAAUAUUCAUGCCCGGCUUGGUGAGCUUCUGUAUGUCAGCUCCUCGUCUGGUGAGGAUGACGCAUCCCGACUUGCAGGCAAGUCGGUGCAGCAUUUCUGUCGAAGCAUCGAACUCUGUGAUGAUUACCUGCGCGGGUUCUAUGGAUUGGCUCUUGCAACUUCCCGAAUGAUCGAGAACGAACACGCGGGCGAGCGCCCCUCGGACCCGCCAGUGCCCUCCAGGAUUACCCUGGAUCGAUUGAAGCGCUUUGCUCUUCAGCGACUUGGAGAGAUCGUCCAGUCUCGAUCGGUCGAUGAUCAGCAUUGGGCAUCGAGUCGCAGCGAACUCAUCGCGGCCAAAGAAUUGCUGAAUCGUCUGGCUCAAGCUCAAUAG